AUAAACCUACGUCUCACCACAUAUUAUAAUAUUGUUAAAAUCGCCGCUGCAGCCGGGACAUAUUUUAUAAAUUAUAUAAUACGUUUAUACGAACGCGAGUCACGAUCGUCAUCCGCCGUCAUUCGCCGCCCUGCAAUAUCAAUCGCGUAUGGAUUAAUAUAAUUGUAUUAAUAAUUAUUAAUAAUAAUAUUUUAAUGUUGCAUUUGGCACCAAACCUUAUACAAUAUCGGAGAUUAUGGCAAAAUCUGAAUGCUUUUUCGGAUUUUUGAAUGUAUGCGGAUGUGCUCUGUCAAUAGCCAUGUUCAACAUGGGUUUUUUUGUGUUAUGCAUCUUAAUAGCCAUUCGAAUGUGUAUAUUUAAUAACUCAAUGAUAACUGAUUCAUCUUCAAUAGUAAAAGCAACUUUUAAAAGUUUACUUUUAUUAUUCUUACUAUGUUUGAUAAUUUAUUUCAACAAUAAAUUGAAGAAAGCAGCAUUUGUGCAUAAUGUUCUUUUCAUUAGACAGUGGUUGAUGUUUCACUGCAUAUUUUACGCAUUAUCUUCAACUCUAUUGUGUUAUUAUCUAUUUACACAUCCAUGUAAAAUUAUAAUUACUAAAGUUAUUAUUAUUAUUGUUAUGGAAAUAUACCAAAUACACAUAGUUAAAAGGUUUUACAACAAUGAAUUGGAGCACUUAGCCACCUCAAAUUGUAACAUAAACAAACAAAGUAUAAUACCAAUAUUUCCCAGAGUUAUUUAAAUGGAGGAAAUUAGUGAAAAAUAUACCCAAUAUAAAAUAUGUAUCAAAAUGUCAAACUAAAUUACUAUAUUUCAUAAAUAUGUACCUACUCUAAUUAUUGUAUUAAAAGCAAUACUUGAAUAAAAGUUUAUACAUUUUAUUUUUUAAA